AUGUCUUCCCCGAAAUCCCGUGCUCAGUCUUCCUCUGUUCCAGUUCUUCCAGACUAUGUUACUGGGGCUGGAAUCGAUAGUCAUGCGAUAGAGGUUAGGAGCAAGCUCCAUCCUUUUGCCCAGAAAAACCUGGAUGAAAAUGUCCUCCAUUUAUUUGAAAACACCUUGGUGCUGGGGCCUCACUGGUUUGGCCCCGUUCCUCCCGAGAUGGCGGAGUUGAUGAAGAAGGAUGCUGAGGCCCCGCUAUGUUUCGAGAGCUCUUCUGCCCUGGCUUCUCAUUCUUGGGUCAGCAAGAAUUUGAGUCGUUCGUUCCCAUCCAGUGAGGUGAGAAAUAGUCCAAUCAAGUGGGCUGAUUGGAUUGACAGACUUCUUCCUCGAUUUGGGGCUCACUGGAAGCGGGCUGGAAUCCAUGACGCCAUUCUCCUAUCCAGGCAAUCUAUCAACAGGGAUGAGAAUCUGCUUGCUGCUGCUUUGUGCUUCUGGAACUCUGCCAGUAACACUUUUGAUUUCCGUAUAGGCCCCAUGGCUCCCACUCUGCUGGAUAUGGCCCAGAUUUUUGGUUUUAGGCCUCACGGAAGACCUGUUGAUGCCAUUGGUGAUUAUCACAGGAAGAAGGACCAGCAGAAGCUAGCCAAGCCAUUCACUAUUUCCCCAGCCUUGAUCAACCAGAAUUGCUCCUUCUCCAACUAUCUUAGAAAAUUUAGUGCUGAGAAGGACAAAGAUCAGCAGCAUAUGUUGUUUCUCCUGUAUUGGCUGAACAGGUUUAUUCUGCCCAAUCGUUCUUCUGCAGUUCUGCUUGAGUACAGACAUCUGGCAGAAGCUCUGCAUAAUCACACUGAUGUUGGCCUUGGACCUACAGUUCUGGCCCAUCUGUUCAAGAACCUGCAUACCGCUACUCUGGAGUAUCCGCUGAAUCUGUCUGCUCCUGGUGCCUUCUGGAUGAUUCAGAUCUGGCUGCAGGUCUAUUUUCCUGAGUUAAGGUAUCCAGACAUAGUUCUGCCUGAGAACCAAGUUCUGGCUCAACCGUUGCUGUCAGCAGAAGUCCCCAAGCGGUCAAUUGGUGAAUACCUGAUGAUGUUCAGGCAUUGUACCAAGAGGUCUGCAGCGCAGUGGCAGAUGGUGAUUAGGAGGACCUAUCCUUGGUUUCAGCCUGGACAUCGUCUGUUUGAGAAAGAGCCAGAAGAAGAAUCCGCCAGAACUGAUUUUAGGAAGAAGUUCCUGAGUGUGACCUUACCCAGGGAUCUGCCUCAUGGAGGGGGAAAGCCUCCAAAUUAUCAUUUGGGGGCGGAAGUCUACCAUCCCAACUUCUGUGCAAGGCAGCUUGGCUGUCCUCAGCUCAUACCCCUCAAGUCAUACAGAAGCUGCAAUCGGGGUUCUUCUUGGAGGGAUGCAGAUGACUUGGAGGUCCAUAAAGACGCCAGGUGUGCCGUGAACAAGAUUAACAACAGUGCAGAUGCCCUUUAUCCUUCCUGGGAAUUGAACUCCUGCAGUUCUGUGGAGUUUGAUGCUUGGUGGAAAGCCAGAUUCCGUGAUCUGCCUGCUUCUAGCACCGCACUUCAAGUCCUUUUUAAAGGCUGGGACAAUUGGAAUGUCCAUUCAGACGACGAGACUCACAGAUUCAUGGUGCAGACCAUCAAAGACAUCAACAUGCAAAUUAUAGAAGAUCCUUCUCUGACAAAGAAUAUAGGCAGUCAACCAGCCCAAAGCGGAGAGGUGUUUGUCAAUUCUGUCAUUGCUGCUGGAGAUCUGGAGUUGCCCUCCGGGGAUGGAGAGGAGGAAGAAGAAGAAGAAGAAGAGGGAGAUCAGGCAGAACAGACUCCUGUUGAGGCCACUUCUCCCGUCAGAAGAAAAGAAAAGAAACUGCCCAUUGGAGGUCCCUCUCCUCCUCUUACUAAGUCAAAAAGACUUAGAAAGAAGAUUGCAGAAGAAUACGUGGCCCCGGAGGGAACUGGGGCAGUUCCUACCACCACUUCCGGCACGGAUGAUGAUCUGAGAGAGGCUUUCGAAGCUGUGGAGCAAGAAAGGGAGCUGGAAGAGCUGGAAAAGGUAGGAGAGGAGCCCCAGGAGAAGGCCAAGUCAGUGGAGGAGGAGGAGGAAAUUCCUGCUGAGGUGAUAGCGGAGAGCAUUGCCUUGGCUCGGAAGCAGCAGGAAGAUAUAGGGGCAGGGCUGACCAACUCAGAGGUGGCCCUUUUUGAUGAUCCAGAGGCAGAACAUUCCACUGCCGCUCCAGCAGCUGAGGACCAAGUGGAACAAUCCGGAUCGGAGCCUGGGGAUCAGGCAGAACAAGUGGUUCCUACUCCUGAAAUUGUAGCAGGAGUGGCUGCUGCCGUUCCUGGGUUUGUGGUGGAAGCACAAAGAACUGCUGGGACUUUGGCGGUGAGGACCACCCCCUUUGCAGCCUCCGAUUGUUGCAGUUCAUCUGCCACGGCUUCUUUUGCUGACCCGGAGCUGGCAGAAUUUGAAGCCAUGGACCUAGAUGCCCAGCUGGAUAGGUUGGAAAAACUCAGCUCUCCUGUUGGUAAGACAAAGUCCAGGGCAGUGGAAGAAGCAAUGGAGAGACUGAAGAUCUGGCAGUCUGCUGAAUUGGAGCUGGAUGAGGAUAGAGAGGCCUUUGAUCAGUUGAUGAAGGAUCUGGAUCUGCUGCAUAGACAGAACAUGGCCCCAAGACCCAUUCUUGAGAUGAGUCUUGUCUUGGCAAGGGACGUGCUCAACCUUCACGACCGUUAUGAAGACCUGAAGCCUACCUUCGAAACCUCUGAGUUCUGCAAGGCCACUCAUGAAGCCAACUUGGCUGAUUUUGCAAAGCAGAAGGCAGAACUGGACCAGAUGGUUGCGGGGUAUAAAGAAGCCAAAGCUGCUGGGGAUAAAUUGGAAAAAGAGAUUGCAGAACUUCAAAAGCAGCUGGCAGAGCGUCGGGAAGUGCAGCACAGGCUCGGGGCUGGAUUGAGUUCUAAGACCAAGGCUACUUUCCUUGUGCAGAACAUGGUUGCAGCUUCUAGGCCUGCCCUGGAGAUUGCAGAAGCUUCAAUUCAUCAGGGUGUGCUGCUCCAAAAGGAACUUUCUACCAAGAAGACUAACCUGCAGGAGACUCUUAGAAAACUAGGAUUUUAA